GACAGUUGUGGAGUCUGCUGUAGAAGUGAUUUGAAUUCAACAGUUAUCAUGCUAGUUAAUAUUCUAGUCCUCCUUGUGACUCUCAUCACACCAAUUUUGGCAACAUCCACUUUGAUUUCUGUAGUUCAGGUAUAUCGUCAUGGCCAAAGAACUCCAAUAACUCACUAUGCCAAUGAUCCUUAUUCAGCUUCUGAAUAUUGGCCAGUAGCACCAGGACAACUCACAAAUACCGGAAAGACACAACACUUCAGACUAGGCCGAUAUACACGUGAAAGAUAUAAUGCGAGUUUACCAAGCGCAUACUCCAGUGACUUCCUCCAUAUUCAAACAACCGAUGUUGAUAGGACUCAUAUGUCAGCCCAAUGUAACGUCUUAGGUCUGUUUCCCCCAACACCGACAGAACAAUGGAAUCCGGAUAUCGCUUGGAGUCCUAUUCCUAUUCAUCCUUCAGAUCCAAAUAUCAUACUUUCAUUACCCAAAUGUGAAGCUUAUUUCGAAGAACUGAACAGCGUUUUAGUGAACGAAACUUUCUAUAAAGAUAUCGAUGAGGAGUACAGGGAUUUGUACGCCUACCUUACAGAGCAUAGUGGCGAAAAUGUAUCAUCUGUGAGUGGAGUUUCGUCAAUAUUUGACAGCCUUUUUAUUGAAAACGAGUUUGGCUAUACCUUACCGUCAUGGACAGAAGCAGUUUUUCCGGAACCAAUAAGCACUUUAGCAGGAUACUUGUACCAAAGUUAUGGUUAUAGCACCAAACUGGCACGUCUCAGUGCUGGAACAUUCCUCAACGAAGUUAUAGAACAUUUCGAAAAAAUGCGGAACAAUUCUUCCAGUGCUCAAUUCUUCAGGAUGUACAGCGCUCACGACAUCAACAUUGCUCAAAUACUCUCGGCUUUAGGUGCAUAUUAUGAACCUCACGUCCCAUACUUCGCAAGCACCAUCUACUUUGAGUUGUGGAAAUCUUUCCUUGGAACCUACCACGUAAACGUUUACUACAAACAAAAAGAAGUUAUCGAGAAAAUUACUCCGAAGGGAUGCUUACAAUUUGACUGUGGCCUCAAUAAUUUGAAGAAACAACUCAGCGAUGUACUCAUCGACAUAAAUACCAAAGCAAAAGAAUGUGUGACUUGAAUGAAAUGUAUCAAUAACAUGAAAUGUGAAGUCAUUAUAUAUAUUCGAAUAUAUGAUAAAUAAUCAUUUCA